CCAUCACCCCGGCACCUGCCAACAUGGAAGGUGGCGACGGUGGCGUUGCUGUGGCUGGCCAUGGGUUUCUGGGCUCUGGAGCGGCUGCAGCGACCGUUCGGGAGCUCCUGCAGGACGAGUGUUAUAGUGCUUUUUUAAAUGAAGACUUUGAUGUAAAGACUUAUACUUCCCAGUCUAUUCAUCAAGCUGUAAUUGCUGAACAACUAGCAAAACUUGCCCAAGGAAUCAGUCAGUUGGAUAAAGAACUACACCUACAGGUCGUUGCAAGACAUGAAGAUUUACUGGCGCAAGCAACUGGGAUUGAGUCUUUGGAAGGUGUUCUUCAGAUGAUGCAGACAAGGAUUGGGGCUUUACAGGGAGCUGUUGAUAGGAUGAAAGCAAAAAUUGUUGAGCCAUACAAUAAAAUAGUAGCCCGUACUGCACAACUAGCAAGACUUCAGGUUGCCUGUGAUUUGCUUCGGAGAAUAAUUCGCAUCUUGUAUCUCAGUAAGAGACUCCAAGGACAGCUGCAAGGGGGGAGUAGAGAGAUAACAAAAGCCGCUCAGAGUCUCAAUGAACUUGAUUAUCUUUCUCAAGGAGUAGAUCUUUCUGGAAUAGAAGUAAUAGAAAAUGAUCUACUUUUUAUUGCAAGAGCUCGACUUGAAGUGGAAAAUCAAGCUAAGCGCCUACUGGAGCAGGGUGUGGAGACUCAGAAUCCAACCCAAGUUGGGACAGCUCUCCAGGUUUUCCAUAAUCUUGGAACUUUGAAGGAUACUAUUACCAGUGUCGUGGAUGGAUACUGUGCUGCUUUAGAAGAAAAUAUCAACAGUGCAUUAGAUAUCAAAGUUUUGACUCAGCCUUCCCAGUCAGCUGUGAGAGGGGGACCUGGACGAUCUACCAUGCCAACCCCAGGCAACACUGCAGCUUUUCGUGCUUCCCUCUGGACCAACAUGGAGAAACUUGUGGAUCAUAUUUGUACUGUCUGUGGACAGGUACAACAUCUACAGAAAAUAUUAGCCAAGAAGAGAGAUCCUGUUUCUCACAUUUGUUUCAUUGAAGAAAUAGUUAAGGAUGGACAACCUGAAAUUUUAUACACGUUUUGGAAUUCAGUUACUCAAGCACUUUCUUCUCAAUUUCGUAUGGCAACAGAUUCUUCCAUGUUUUUGAAACAGGCAUUUGAAGGAGAAUACCCUAAAUUAUUGCGUCUUUAUAAUGACUUAUGGAAGCGUCUUCAACAGUACAGCCAGAAUAUUCAAGGAAAGUUUAAUGCAAGUGGAACUACAGACCUCUAUGUUGACCUACAACACAUGGAAGAUGAUACACAAGACAUAUUCAUAACAAAAAAGCCAGAUUAUGAUCCAGAAAAGGCUUUGAAAGACUCACUGCAACCAUAUGAGGCUGCUUAUCUAUCAAAAUCCUUAUCCCGACUCUUUGAUCCUAUCAAUUUGGUUUUUCCUCCUGGUGGUCGGAAUCCUCCUUCUGCAGAUGAACUUGAAGGUAUCAUUAAAACUAUAGCAAGCGAACUAAAUGUAGCUGCUGUUGAUGCAAACCUCACAUUAGCUGUGUCAAAAAAUGUGGCAAAGACCAUCCAGUUAUAUGGUGUAAAAUCGGAGCAGCUUCUCUCCACACAAGGAGAUGCAAGUCAGGUGAUUGGGCCUCUUACCGAAGGGCAGAGAAGAAAUGUGGCAGUAGUGAAUUCACUAUAUAAGUUGCACCAGUCGGUAACAAAGGUGGUUUCCAGUCAGAGUGCAUUCCCUCCAGCAGCUGAGCAAACUGUAACUUCAGCCUUAAAGACGAUCCAUGUUCUUAUGGGAAGUGCUGUGCAGCCCUUGCUGACUUCAGUGGGAGAUGCUAUAGAGGCCAUAAUCAUCACCAUGCAUCAAGAAGAUUUUUCUGGGUCACUAUCCAGCUCAGGAAAGCCUGAUGUUCCUUGUUCUCUGUACAUGAAGGAGCUUCAGGGUUUCAUUGCCAGAGUUAUGAGUGACUACUUUAAACACUUUGAAUGCUUGGACUUUGUUUUCGACAAUACUGAAGCUAUUGCCCAAAGAGCAAUUGAACUUUUUAUCCGCAAUGCCAGUCUCAUAAGACCUCUUGGUGAAAGUGGGAAAAUGCGACUUGCUGCUGAUUUUGCACAGAUGGAGUUGGCUGUGGGUCCAUUCUGCAGAAGAGUGUCUGACUUAGGAAAGUCCUAUCGAAUGCUGAGGUCAUUCAGACCACUGCUCUUCCAGACAAGUGAACAUGUGGCCAGUAGUCCUGCACUGGGGGACGUGAUUCCAUUCAGCAUCAUUAUUCAGUUUUUGUUCACGAGAGCGCCCACUGAGCUGAAAUCCCCCUUCCAGAGGGCAGAAUGGUCCCAUGCACGUUUCUCCCAGUGGCUGGAUGACCACCCAUCUGAAAAGGACAGGCUCCUCCUCAUCAGCUUUAGCUGGAGUUGACCACCACGUCCUUCUUGAAAGUCCUUGUCGACUGACUGAUUCAACAUGUUUUUAUUGAUGCUCACUGUGUGCUGGGCCCUGAGGACACAAAGCAAACCGAGACAUGGCCUUGCCUUCUCGGAGCUUCUGUGACACCAUGGUCAUCUGUUUCUGUUGUACUCUCUCUGGCCAUUUUUUUCCUCAGUCUUGUUUGCGGAGUUGUCAUCUUCUAUCCAUUCCUUAAAUGCCAUCAUUUCCCACAGCUUGUUCCGGGCUCUUUUUCCUUACUGUCUGUACUUUGGUCCCCAGGUGAGCUCAUCCAGACCCAUGACUCUAGAGAUCUCUUCUAUCCUAAUGGUUCCCAGGUCUGUGACUCACCUUGAUUGCCCGGGGCCUCAGGCCAGCAAACUUGCUAUCAUAUGUUGCCACUCAAAGUCCCACAGACAUCUCAGCCCCAAAAUGUUAAAAAUAAAUCAUCUUUCCCCUCAAACCUGCUCAUUCUCCUAGACUCCCUGUCUUGGUGGAGGUGUCACCAUCCAGCCAAGCUAGAAAACCUUUAAUUAUCGUUCAACUCCUGUGUCACCCUCAUUCUCAAAAUCCAGUCAGUUGUAUCUCUUAAAUAGCUCUUGAAGCCAUUCUCAGCUCUCCCAGGGCAUCCUCAUGCUGUUGGCCUGGGGACCACAGCACCAGACAAGCCUUUGCUUGAACCUAAGGGCAGUUGGUGAGUUGGGUUCUCCAAAGCCAGAGUGGGGCUAACGUGGUGAGGUGAUUCUCAACCGUGUUUGCACAUGAGAAUCACUACAGAGCUUUGAAAAAUCCUCGUGUCCAGGCCACACCCUUGACCACCUCAGAACUUCAGGGGCUGGGACCUGGCACCAGGAUUUCUUAAAGCUACCCCAGAAGUUCCACAGCACAGCCAGUGCUGAGACUUACUGCCCUAGUUACCAGGUGAAAGACUCCACCAAGGAAGGAAGCUAGGAGAGGUCAUCGAGAAACAUCAGCCCAACAGCUCCUGGGAAUGGCGCUGAGCUCUCAUGUUUGGUGCCCAGAGCCUAGGUGAGCCGCAACCUUUCUGGGCGGGCACCUGUGUGGACAAAGAAUAGAUUAGCCUGGGACCCUGCUCUUUUUCUUAUCUGUUAAUCUUCUCAGCUAUGAGCAUCUGACCAAGAAAUGGGAAAGGACGCCAGCAGCAUGGGAAAUGGGCUUUCCAGCAGUCCAUGUGACUGGUUAAAACUGCCCUCAGAAAAGGCUUUGGGUAUGAGUGAGGGACUGUGGGCCUGGUGCUAACUCAGGGAUUUGCAAGGUCUUUGGGGAUUUUUUCCUGAGUUGCAAAG